GCAUUCAAUAUUAUGAAAACAAUGUAUGGUGGUUUUGGUGAAGUUGGAGCUAGUAAAGUUGAUUGUAAGAAUUAUAGAAGGGAUUUGAAUCUUUACAUCGGAGAGUAUGAUGCAGAAAUGGUAGUUAGGCGUCUUAUUAGGAAGAAAGAAUGUUGUCCUGGUUUCACAUGUGAUUAUGUUAUUGGUGAAGAUAGAAGAUUGAAAGGACUUUUCUGGGCUGAUGAGCAAUCAAAAAAAAAAUUAUACAGUGUUUGGUGACAUAUUUGGUUUUGAUGCUACUUAUAAAUCAAACAAGUAUGAUUUGGUUUUUGUACCAUUUACUGGUAUUGAUAAUCAUUUUAGGAAUGUCACAUUUGGUGGUGCAUUACUUGGUUCGAAGACUGCAGAUUCGUAUAGAUGGCUUUUAAGAUGCUUUGUUAAUGCUUUUGGAAGUGAGCCUAAAGUUGUUGUUACUGAUCAAGAUGCUGCAAUGAAGAGAGCUAUUAAGGAUGUACUUCCAAGAAGUAGGCAUAGGUUAUGUAUGUGGCAUAUAUGGGAGAAAUUGAAGACAAAGGUUGGUCCUGUUUUGUCAGCAAACACUGAUUUUAAUACAAGAAUGACUCAUGUUGUUUGGAAUGAUACUAUUAUUCCAGAAGAUUUUGAAACUGAGUGGCAUUCAAUAAUGUCUACUUUUGGAUUGGAAAAUCAUGAGUGGUUAAAAGACAUGUACGAUCUUCGAUUUGAUUGGAUUCCUGCUUAUUACCAUGGAGAGGAUUUGGCUGGGCUUAUGCGUACUACGUCAAGAUGUGAAAGCGAGAAUUACUUCUUUGGUCAGAUUUGCAAUCCAAGAUGUGCACUUGUUGAAUUUUUUCACUCAUUUUGAGACUGCAAUGGAUAUUCAAAGGCAUGAGCAUAGGAGG